AUGCCGCGAGGUCGACUGUCGAACGGGAAACGUGGGGCGACCAUUCCUAAGCGCCUGAGCUUAGCCAAGAAGGGAAAGGAGGUGGUGCAGCCGGAGCAAGAUGACGGGACGGGCGCCGAAAGUGCAGAUUCGUCCGAGCGCAGCGAGGAGGAUGACGAGGAAGGCUCAGACACAUCGGCUAGCGCCUCACACGAAGAAUCCGCCGACCCUGCUCCGGAGGCGAAGACGAACGACGAUGGGUGUGCGGGAACCGCUGCGCCCAAUGCUGACACGCGCGCAAGCCAAGGCGCGCGGGACACGGAUGUGCCUCGAGGUGACGGCCGAGGACAUGCGGACGGACCUGUGGACCGCACAUGCGGGAACACGUUGAACCCAAACGGCGAUGACGUGCGCAUCCCGAGCAGGGUCCUCGAGCAACUUAUACAGGCUCAGGACAAGAGCGCCAAGGAGAACGCGCGGUUGGAGGCGCUGUUCUUGAAUGCGAUGUCUCGGCCUUCCGGUGGCUCUCGUAAGCGUAAGGCGCAGAAGCAGAGAGACCCGGGACAGGGGCCGACGUCGACGAUGACCUUCUACCCGAGCAGCGACGAUAAGACUCAUGGAGUGUGUGCGGUGCUGGACCGCCUGCCGCAUAGCUUCGCGUGCUUGGCGUUGGCGGCUGACAAGUCGCGACGCGCGGACCUCAACAAGACGCUCUCUGAGUGGAAGACGCGGGCCGCCGCCCGCGUGCGAGACAUUGCACUUCCCAAGCUCGGCUUGUUCCGCGACGACAGGGACGCAUCCAGCCCGUGGGCACCAGAGAAGGAGCGCAGUAUCGAGAAGAUCCGGGAGCGCAUUGGGCUUGGCGCUGACCGCCCUGGUGAGUGCCAUGAAGACAGCAGGUGGGGUCGCCUACGUGUUGGUAUGCUGACAAUGAGUGUAUGGCGGCCAUUGACACUGACUGUGCGCAUAUGGUGUGCAGAAACCCUGGUGCUCACGAGCUGGGCGACAGACCGGGACGGCAUGCCGUUUGCCUCUCGGGCGUUCGCGACAUGCGCGAAGGCUGCAUUCAGGCCUAAGAAGGCCGGGCUGGUGAUGACUCUGAAGGUGUACCACCUGGCCUGGUUGGAGCAUGUGGUCUCCGACUGCGUCCUCUACUGGGAGGAGAGGAAAGGCCGGCUUUCCAACUCGGCCGGGGGAAACGCCCACGUUGUGGACGGCCUCAAGGUCCUGGUGAAGGAGGCCGUGGAGAGGGCGAUCCGGAUCCGCAACCCGGAGUAUGACGCGGAGCGCGAGGCGUGGACCUGGGGCCGCCAUGGACUGCGCAUCUCUGCGUGCGGCCUGGAGCACAUGAAGCCCACCGCCACAGCUCAGUCCGAAGACCUUGUGGGGGAUGACGACCUUUCGGCGUCAGUUGGUGCUGAGUAG